AAAGAAUGUUACAUUUCAGCAUUUCCACCUGAAAUCAAGCUACAAAUUUCAGGCCAAAUGGAUGAUUGCCAACUUUUGCAUUUCCCGAGUGCAUUCUGUGACCAUUCUAUCUGGGCCAUUCAUUUUUUAGAACAUCCUUCAAAGAGUUCAUGCAUCUUACUGAGGACACCUGACGUUUUGAAGCUUCAUAAUUCACAUCUUUGAUGUCACCAGUAUUUCCCAUGUUAACAGUUUUGACUAUGUUUUAUUAUCUAUGCCUUCGGCGCCGAGCCAGGACAGCUGCAAGAGGGGAAGUGAUGAACAGCCAUAGAACUAUAGCAUCAAACAGCCGGACUUCCCCUCUCAAUGCAGAGGUGGUCCAAUAUGCCAAAGAAGUAGUGGACUUCAGUUCCCAUUAUGGAAGUGAGAAUAGUAUGUCCUAUACCAUGUGGAAUUUGGCAGGUGUUCCAAAUGUAUUCCCAAGUUCUGGUGACUUUACUCAAACGGCUGUGUUUCGAACAUAUGGAACGUGGUGGGACCAGUGUCCCAGUGCCUCCUUGCCCUUCAAGAGGACACCACCUAAUUUUCAGAGCCAAGACUAUGUGGAACUUACUUUUGAACAGCAGGUGUAUCCUACGGCUGUUCAUGUUCUGGAAACUUAUCACCCUGGAGCAGUCAUUCGAAUUCUGGCUUGUUCUGCAAAUCCCUAUUCCCCAAAUCCACCAGCUGAUGUAAGAUGGGAGAUUCUUUGGUCAGAGAAACCUACGAAAGUGAAUGCUUCCCAGGCUCGUCAGUUUAAACCUUGUAUUAAGCAGAUAAAUUUUCCCACAAACCUUAUCCGACUGGAAGUCAAUAGUUCUCUUCUGGAUUAUUACACUGAAUUAGAUGCAGUUGUGCUACAUGGUCUGAAGGAUAAGCCAGUGCUGGCUCUUAAGACUUCACUUAUUGACAUGAAUGAUCUGGAAGAUGAAGACUAUCAGGAAGAGUCUGGCUCUGGAAUGGACAGUCUGAACAAAAAGUUUAGCAGUGUUUCCCUCAGGGAAGGGCCAAAUAAUGGGUAUUUUGAUAAACUGCCGUAUGAGCUCAUUCAACUGAUUCUGAAUCAUCUUACACUACCAGACCUGUGUAGAUUAGCACAGACUUGCAAACUACUGCACCAGCAUUGCUGUGAUCCUCUGCAGUACAUCCACCUCAAUCUGCAACCAUACUGGGCAAAAGUAAAUGACAGCUCUUUAGAAUUUCUACAGGCUCGAUGCAUUCUCGUCCAGUGGCUUAAUUUAUCUUGGACUGGCAACAGGGGCUUCAUUUCUGUUGCAGGAUUUAGCAGGUUUCUGAAGGUUUGUGGAUCUGAAUUAGUACGCCUUGAAUUAUCAUGCAGCCACUUUCUUAAUGAAACUUGCUUGGAGGUUAUUUCUGAGAUGUGUCCAAAUCUGCAGGAAUUAAAUCUUUCAUCCUGUGAUAAAUUGCCACCUCAAGCUUUCAACCACAUUGCCAAAUUAUGCAGCCUUAAACGACUUGUUCUUUAUCGAACAAAAGUGGAGCAAACUGCACUGCUCAGCAUUUUGAACUUCUGUUCAGAGCUUCAGCACCUCAGUUUGGGCAGCUGUGUAAUGAUUGAAGACUACGAUGUGGUAGCUAGUAUGAUUGGAGCUAAGUGCAAGAAGCUCCGGACCCUGGAUCUCUGGAGAUGCAAAAACAUCACUGAGAAUGGAAUAGCAGAACUAGCUUCUGGGUGUCAGCUGCUGGAGGAACUCGACCUGGGCUGGUGCCCCACUCUGCAGAGUGGCACCGGCUGCUUCGCCAGACUCGCACGUCAGCUCCCGAACUUGCAAAAACUCUUUCUUACAGCCAAUCGGUCUGUGUGUGACACAGACAUUGAAGAACUGGCAUGUAAUUGUACCAGAUUACGGCAACUGGACAUACUAGGAACAAGAAUGGUAAGUCCAGCAUCCUUAAGAAAACUCCUGGAAUCCUGUAAAGAUCUUUCGCUACUCGAUGUGUCCUUCUGUUCGCAGAUUGAUAGCAGAGUUGUGCUAGAAUUGAAUGCCAGCUUUCCCAAAGUGUUCAUAAAACAGAGCUUUACUCAGUGACUUAGCUGUGUUCUGUGAUAAAAUUAACGUGCUUUUUGUAGGGUUUUGUUUGUGGGACUAGUUUUAUUUAUAAUGGUGAAAAUUGAGAUGUUUGUGCAUUUUAAAGAAAAAUAUCAAGUUGCUCAUUAAGUAAAAAAUAUAAACAAAUGUUCAAAUAUUUUCACAAAAU